AUGGCUCUACAGUACACCAUAGUAGACUCCUUCACCUCCCGACCCUUCUCAGGCAGCCCAGCAUGUGUGAUCCUCCUCCCAUCCCGCAACUUCAUCUCAACAAAAGAGAUGCAGCUGCUCGCUCGGGAAUUCAACCUCCCUGAAACGGCUUUCCUCUCUACCCUCAAGUCGAGCGAUACGAACGAUGAAGCCGAUGUGCGGAGAUACGCCCUACGUGGGUUCACUCCUCUGAUGGAGUUCCCAAUCUGUGGGCAUGCGACGCUCGCUGCUGCUAAAGUGCUCUUCUCCACCCUUCCGCGAAUAAAGACGCUCAAGUUUGACACCCUUUCCGGAGAGCUGGAAGCCUGCUUACUGCCCUUUCCGACUCAGAACAAAGGAGAAACUGAAAGGGAGGUCGAGAUCUCCCUCCCAUCAGGAACACUCCAUCCUCCAGCACAAGAAGUGGUAGACCGGGCUAAGCGAGCUAUCAUCUCCGCUCUUGGGAAGGACGUGAGAUUCCUUUACUUCGGUGCCGGUGAAGGAACGAGCUAUUCCGCCUAUCUCGUCGUAGAGAUCUCUGGUAUCCAACUGGACGGCUACCCGGUGAACCCUGCUCCCCUGACCGAUCUAGCAGACGUGUACACCACAGUCAUCUUGACCCAUCCUUCUCCCUCACCCGACUACCUCUUCCACUCCCGCGUCUUCGCCCCCGCCGAAGGCAUCCCCGAAGACCCAGUGACAGGCUCCGCGCACGCCCUGCUAGCGUCGUACUGGAGUAUCAAGCUGGGUGUGCCGAUGGGAAGGGCGAGACAGGUCAGCGAGAGAGGCGGGGAGAUGGGGUGCGUUUGGCAGGAGGGGAGAUGUAGGCUGAGGGGACAGGCGAGAGUUGUCAUGAAAGGAGAGGUUGUGUUGCCUGACCUUGACCGGACCCCAAGCUAA